AUGGGCGACGCGUGUGGAAGAGGCGCUGAGGCGCAGGUACUUGACAACAUAAUACACUGUGCGUCGGCGGAUCCGCCAACGGUGCUAAUGGCGAAGUUCGACGCAGGACGUAUCGACUACUUGUGCCAAGCGGAGGAGAUUGCGCACUUUGCUCAAGCAUUCGAGGUCGACAGUCGUGCGGGAAAGUCACUGGGUCGUGAGGUCGUCGAAGUUCCCAAUGAUUCGACACAGCGCAAAGAAACGCGUAUGUGCCACAAAUGCAAGAAGCAGGGGAAUAUGAAGAAAACUGUCGCUCCCAGUGGAAGGAGAAGGAGGCCAAAGACGACUACGAAGAAGUGCUGCUGCUAG